AUGGCGCACCGCUACUCUUUGGAAGCAUUUGAUCGUGCGAUAAGAGAUAUCACAGGAAUUGCUGAACCAUUUGGUGGAAAGAUUCUAAUCAUGGGAGAUGAUUUCCUCCAGAAGAAUAUGCAUUCAGUCGAGGAUGCAUCUUAUUCUGAGUUUUUGAUUCGUGUUGGUGACGGGGAUGAACCUUGCGUUGCUAAUGAGAUGAUAAAGGUUCCGGAAGAUAUGGUCAUACCAUGUGUUAGUGAUGCUUCUUUGUCUCAGCUUAUGGAUGUUACAUUUCCAAACUUGAUAGAAAAUGCCAGAGACGAUGACUACAUGGUCAAUAAAGCAUUGAUUACACCAUUAAACGAGUACGUCGAGAAGCUUCAUGACCGAGUACUUAGCAUCUUUCCUGGAAAAGAGGUUUUAUUCUACUCAUUUGAUACUGUGGAUGACAACACUCACGAUCUUUACCAACAAGAAUACCUCAACAACAUUGCUCCUGGAGGUUUGCCAUCGCACAUUUUGAAACUAAAGAUCGGUGCGCCGAUUAUGUUGUUAUGGAAUGUUGAUGCAAAAAAUGGUCUAUGUAAUGGUACCAGGUUUAUAAUCAAAGAGUUAUUCCGAAACUGUAUUGAUGCUGUAAUUAUUAGUGGGAAUUACAUUGGUACACGAGUCUUCAUUUACAGGAUGCCACUGGAGCCACCUGAGAAUCUGAAGCUCUCAUACAAGUUUAAGUGUAAACAGUUUCCGAUCCGGUUGUGUUUCGCCUUUACAGUCAACAAAGUGCAAGGGAAGAUGAUCGAAAACACGGUAUCUUUUUCCCUGAACAUGUGUUCAGCCAUGGUCAACUGUACGUUGCUCUCUCGAGAGGAGUAUCAAGUAGCAACACGAAAGUAUUAG